AUGUACACACAAUACAAGCUAAGGGAUCUGGUGGAGGGGAAGGAGAAGAUGCCGGAGGCUGCGGAGCUGAAAGGAGCGUGGAUGAAGCGAUCGUUCAACGCGUACAUGCUCAUGGCUCAAGCGGUUGGCGGACGACAACUUGACCACAUCAAGGAGCUCUUGGGUGAUCCAGAGUGUGGCCCCAAGGCUUGGUAUAAGCUUCUGGAUAUGCACUCACCGACAAAUGCUACUGGCAUCGUGCUACUUGCGCGGCGGCUGCGCGACAUCAAGUUCGUUGAUGGAGAGCCGAUGCAACCGGUGUUGUCGUGGUCUGCCCUUGCGAUCAACCUCAACUCUCAAAAGCCCCAGUGGAGCGUGGAUUACAUUCGCGCGCACAUCCUAGAGGACUUGCGGUGGAGGAGUGUUGAGCGCUCGGAGGAGGGGGCUGGCUAUGGAGCUUGA